UAGGGACCACCUCUUUGCUCUUUCUUCCACACGGUAACCACUUUCCCCUGCAACUUCCCCCUUCUCUAAAGCCCUUGCGUGCGAGAGAUAUUCCAUGGAUUAGGGCUUUCCAGAAAGUAAAACAACCUCCCUCAGCUCCUCUUCACCACUGGUUUUUGAGAUGAUCUGUGUGCUCGGCGCCGUUGAUUAUUAUGUCUUAUUCUGACUUGCUGAACCUGCUGUUUGCCGUGGGCGUUUGGUGCACCGCGUAUAUUGCGGCUGCCGUUCUCGAGUCGCUCCGGGUCUUCCAUACUCUCUGUUCGUUUUGAUUUCGAUAGCUGUUUUCGAAGGCUAAGAUGGGCUACGCACAGCUGGUCAUCGGCCCUGCCGGCAGUGGCAAGUCGACUUAUUGCUCGAGUUUGUAUCAACAUUGUGAAGCUAUUGGGCGGACAAUACACAUUGUUAACCUAGAUCCUGCAGCAGAGAACUUUGACUAUCCUGUGGCCAUGGAUAUCAGAGAACUCAUUUCAUUGGAUGAUGUUAUGGAGGAACUUGGACUAGGCCCAAAUGGUGGCCUCAUGUACUGCAUGGAACAUCUUGAGGAAAACCUGGAUGAUUGGCUCACUGAGGAGCUGGAUAACUAUUUGGACGAUGAUUACUUAGUAUUCGACUGCCCAGGCCAGAUAGAACUUUUCUCACAUGUGCCAGUGCUUCGAAAUUUUGUGGAGCAUUUACAGCGUAAGAACUUCAAUGUCUGUGGGGUAUACUUGCUUGAUUCACAGUUCAUCACAGAUGUGACCAAAUUUAUCAGUGGAUGCAUGGCAUCUCUCUCUGCCAUGGUUCAACUCGAAUUGCCCCAUGUAAAUAUCCUGUCAAAAAUGGACCUUGUGAAAAACAAGAGAGAUAUUGAUGAUUACUUGAAUCCGGAACCUCGAGUGUUGUUGUCAGAGUUGAACCAAACAAUGGCUCCUAAGUUUGAGAAGCUCAAUAAAGCUUUGGCAGAACUGGUGGAUGAAUAUAGCAUGGUGAGCUUCAUACCUCUCGAUUUGAGGAAAGAGAGCAGCAUACAAUAUGUAUUGUCCCAAAUCGACAAUUGCAUCCAGUAUGGGGAAGACGCGGACGUCAAGGUCAAGGAUUUGGAUCCAGAAGAGGAUGACUUAAGUCCCUAGAUGUAUUUUCGAUGUACUUGGGAGUGUCUUAUGACAACUUUGAAGUGUUGCGCGGUGAUGUCGAUCCUUCCAUCCACAUCAUGUCAUUUGUCAUUGGGUCGAAACUUGUGUGAUAUUUCUAGCGGAGUGGAGUUGAAGUGUAGAUAUAGGCCUUCUGUUUAGAGUCCAUGUCCUGGAGACUGAAACUUUCUAUAAUCUUAUGCUCCAACGUGAGUUAGUUCCUCUGUUUUGCUUUUAAAUUAUCUUGGUUUCCCUCA